AUGGCACCGGCAGACAACAACGUCCACGAGAUAACGUCGACAAAGCAAUUCCAGGACCUUCUCAGUGCUGAUCUCAACCGUGUCUCUCUCAUCAAUUUCUGGGCACCAUGGGCAGAACCAUGCAAGCAGAUGAACAACGUCGUAAUGGGACUAGCCAAGAAAUAUCCCCAGGUCCUGGUGUUGCAGGUACAGGCAGAAGAACAAGAAGACAUUUCCGAAUCUUUUGAUGUCGUAUCCGUACCGACGGUUUUGUUACUCCGAGGACACACCCUCUUGAACAGGAUAGUUGGAGCAGACGCUUCAGAACUCACAAACGCUAUUUCCAGACACCUCUCCGGUACUUCCUCUCUCCCCAAACCAUCAUCUUCCCCCGAUGGAGAGGAAUCGGACGAACAGCUCGUCGCACGCGUCAAACAAAUCAUGAACCAGUCCAAAGUCGUCCUCUUCAUGAAAGGCUCACCCGACGCCCCUCGAUGCGGGUUCUCCAGACAGGCAGUUGCGUUACUGAGUGAUCAAAAGGUUGAGUUCACUCAUUUCGACAUAUUGGGAGACGAGAAGGUCAGACAGCGACUGAAACAACUCAAUGACUGGCCUACCUAUCCUCAAAUCAUCGUCAACGGCGAACUUGUGGGUGGAUUGGACAUCUUGAAGGAAACAGUCGAGACUGGGGAGUUUCAGAAGAUGUUGGAGAGUACCAGUGCGUAA